AUGCGGCAUCAAGCUCGCCCCAAGAUGCGUGCGAUGCCGAUGGCCCUUCUGCUUCUUGCUGUGGUCCUUUUGCCGGGAGGUGGCUUCGUUUGUCCAGCUCUGCAUCGCUGUUGGGUCACGAAGGCCGCCCGCUCUCUGCGUGGGGCUUGUGGUGCUGCGGUGGCAGCAGCCCUGGUCUUGCUCGCCGCACCCGCGUAUGCCGUGGACGGUCGCCGCGUUUUUUCAGUGGGAGACUUGCAUGGGGACUAUGAGAGCACGGUGACCAUUCUGCGGUCUUUGGGCGUAAUGGGCAGUGACGGAGGAUGGACCGGUGGCAACAGUAUAUUGGUGCAGACUGGUGACAUGGUGGACCGCGGGGACGAGUCAGGCCCCAUCUUCCGUGCGCUGUUCCGGUUGCAGGAUGAGGCGCCUCGCGCUGGGGGCAAGGUGUUUUUGCUGAUGGGUAACCACGAGCUCAUGAACCUGCAGGGUGACUUCCGCUACGCCACGCCCAAGGACACGGCCUCGCUGCUGGAAGGCGGGACAGAGUCCAGGCCCCCAGGCCUGGCCGAGCGCGCGGAGGUGUUCUCGCCCACGGGGUGGCUGGGAAAAGAGGUGCGGAGCCGCCUCCGGGCCGUGGCCUUGGUGGGUCCCGAGGAGGGCCUAGAGCGCUCUGUCCUCUUUGUGCACGCCGGGCUGCUGCCAGGGCUGGUCCCAGACUCGGACUCGAGCGGAAAAGCUGCUGAGAGCCGGCUGAAUUCGGCGCUGGGGGCGCUGGUGAAUGCGAAGCUGACAGCUGAUGAGCCGCUGCUGGGGGAGGACGGGCCGAUGUGGACCCGACGCUUGGCCCUGGGCCCGGAGCCAGCGGUGUGCCGGGAGGUGGACGAGACGCUGCAGGCCUUCGGCGCCAGUCGCAUGGUGGUGGGUCACACCGCCCAGGCGGACGGCAAGAUCCACGAGCGCUGCGGCGGUCGCUUCGUUUUGGGCGACUCGCUGAUCUCGAGGUUCUACACGGGCACGGCACAUCCCUCGGCCAUCGAGUUCUUCCCAGAUGGUUCGGCCACGGCGCUCUACCCGGGCAGACCGUCCUCUCCGCUGAUGUCUUUGCCAUGA